CGAGCGCCCUCCCUGGCGGACGGUGGCCGAAAAGGCCGGAGAAAAGCGAAUGGCAACGGCGCUGCUGCGUAGUAACAGCAGGCGCCUCAGCCGUUUGUUGCCGGUGCCUGUUUCUCGCCCUUUCGGCAGCAUGGAGGCCGCGGCUGCUGCUUCUCCCUCAGGCCCGACCGCCGAGGCUGGUCGGUGGCUGGGGGCGCUUCGUUUCGACAACCGGGCGCUGCGGGCCCUGCCUCUGGACCCGAGCGAGGAGAACGUGCCCCGGCCCGUGUCGGGCGCCUGCUUCUCGCGGGUGCGGCCUACCCCGGUGCGCGGCCCUCGCCUGGUGGCCGCGUCCGCGCCGGCGCUGGAGCUGCUGGGCCUGAGGGAGCCUCGCGCGGCCGACGAGGAAGCCGAGGCGGCGCUCUACUUCAGCGGGAACCGGCUGCCUCCCGGCGCGGAGCCCGCCGCCCACUGCUACUGCGGCCACCAGUUCGGCAGCUUCGCCGGGCAGCUGGGCGACGGCGCGGCCGUCUACCUGGGCGAGGUGCUGAACCUGCGCGGCGAGCGCUGGGAGAUCCAGCUCAAGGGAGCCGGCCUCACCCCUUUCUCCCGACAAGCAGAUGGUCGUAAAGUUCUGCGAUCCAGCAUAAGAGAAUUCCUGUGCAGCGAAGCAAUGUUUCACCUAGGAAUACCUACAACCAGAGCUGGAACAUGCGUAACAUCUGAUUCAGAAGUUAUUCGGGACAUUUUUUACGAUGGAAAUCCAAAAAAAGAAAGGUGCACAAUUGUCCUGAGAAUAGCACCCACGUUUAUUAGGUUUGGAUCAUUUGAAAUUUUUAAAGCUACUGAUGAAUAUACAGGACGUAAAGGCCCCAGUGUUGAUAGAAAUGAUAUUCGAAUACAAAUGCUUGAUUAUGUAAUCAGCACUUUCUACCCAGAGAUUCUACAAGCACACUCAGACAAUAAUGUCCAGAGGAAUGCUGCUUUCUUUCGGGAGGUAACAAGGCGGACAGCAAGGAUGGUUGCCGAAUGGCAGUGUGUUGGAUUUUGUCAUGGUGUGCUCAAUACGGAUAAUAUGAGUAUUGUUGGACUUACAAUUGACUAUGGACCCUUUGGAUUUAUGGACAGAUACGAUCCUGAACAUAUUUGCAAUGGAUCUGAUAACGCCGGGCGCUAUGCUUAUAAUAAGCAACCAGAGAUUUGUAAGUGGAACCUAGGCAAGCUUGCUGAAGCCUUAGUCCCAGAACUUCCAUUGGAAAUCAGUAUACCCAUCCUGGAAGAAGAAUAUGAAGCAGAAUUUGAGAGGCAUUAUUUGCAAACAAUGAGAAAAAAGCUAGGAUUAAUUCAGCUCCAGUUGGAUGAUGAUAAUAAAUUGGUUUCUGAUUUAUUGGAAACUAUGCGGGUCACAGGUGCAGAUUUUACAAAUACUUUCCGCUUGCUGAGCUCUUUCCCAGCAGAUUCUGAUCCUUUAAACCUGGAAGAGUUCUUAGAUAAGAUUUCAAAGCAGUGUGCAUCCUUGGAAGAACUGAAAGUUGCAUACAAGCCUCAAAUGGACCCCAGACAGCUUUCAAUGAUGCUGAUGUUAGCCCAGUCUAACCCACAACUUUUUGCCUUAAUUGGGACAAAAUCUAACAUAAAUAAAGAACUGGAACGCAUAGAGCAAUUUUCUAAGCUACAGCAGUUAUCAGCAUCUGAACUGGUUAGUAGAAAUAAAGGACACUGGAAAGAUUGGCUUCAGAACUACAGAGUUCGGCUAGAAAAAGAAAUGGAGCAAUUUGGCAAUUCUGAUAACUGGAGUGCUGAGCAUGUGAAAAUUAUGAACUCAAAUAACCCAAAAUACAUAUUGAGAAAUUACAUUGCUCAAAAUGCUAUAGAAGCAGCAGAAAAUGGAGACUUCAUGGAGGUAAGGAACGUUUUGAGGCUCCUAGAAAAGCCAUAUGAAGAAGACUUGGAAUGCUACAAUGAGGCAACUGAGGGUCCUGAAGUAGAAGAAGUGGGGGCUGCCGCUGCUGAGUGUAGUUCAGCAUCCAGGAGAAGAGUUCCCUAUAGCAGUAAACCUCCACUCUGGGCUUCUGAGCUCUGUGUUACAUGAUCUUCCUAACUGCCUUGUUUGUAUUUUCCACAAAGGGAUAGUGAUCUUCCCAAGUGGAGAGUGCAUCAAGGUGUAUAGAAGUGCUAUUAAUUCUCAAACAGAUGGGUCGGAUGUCUUCACAGUCUCACUUGAGCCAUAUUCAUUUUACAACUUGUGACCAUCACAACUGUCCACGCACACUGCUGAAAGACAGACCAAAGUUUUAUCUUUUAUUCAUCGCAAAGUGCAGUUAUAUUUUUUCCGCCCUGAUCUGUGAACAUCCAAGUGAAAUCUGUGUUUGUGAAGACAAAAAUAGCAAUCCAGAUGCUGGAAUUAUUUUUGUCUGAAAAUGAACUAAUAGUACUUCCUGGCAAUAUAUUUGUAACAUUUUUUAUUAUUAUGCAGGGAUAUCUCUCAAUGGGGAGUGGGUUUAAGCUCAUCAUUGCUUAUUCUAAGCUAUGUUUCAUUUAAUAGUUCAUUUAUUGUGAACCUUUGUGUUUAAAUCAAGUUUUUAGAGAAAUUAUUUUUGGGUCGUAGGGAAAAGAUGAUGGUGUAUAUUUAAAAAAAUGGAAUGAAGAAGAAAACUAGUUUCAGUGUAAAUGAUUUACAUAUAGUGGCCUGAUUUCAGUUAGGGCCAUAACCAUACUAAAGCAUAUGGUUCAAGACUCUAUUCUGGGUCUUAAUGCAAUCCCACAAAAAGAGGCUCCACGCUGACAGCACCAAUUGUUGGAAUAGUGGGGAAACGACUCCCCUCUGCCUCCUGUAGGUGUUCAGCAUUGACAGUAGAGAGCAUGAGUCAACAGGUUAAUUUUUGCCAAAAUGUAUAAUGUAUAAAUUGCUUUGUAUUUGAACAAUGCCUUCAAAUGAUGUAUGCUUUCACUCUUGCAUCUCAGAUAACCUAUUUAUUUCCUAUGUAAACAACUUUGCUACCUCAUGGAAAGUCUUCCGUUCUCGCGCUUUUUGCCUUUUGUGGCAAUUGAGUUAUAUUUUAACUUUAGCUUAUUUCAGCUUCAGCGAAACAGCUGCAUGAAAACAUGGCUGUUCUUCAGAGGUGUGUUAAAAGAGGUUAUGCUCCAAUACAUCCUGAUGGCUGUGACUGUAGUCCCAAGGACUGUUCUUUACAGUUAGUAUCCCUUUAAAAUCAGUAGGAAUGUACUGGAGUGUCAACGCACCUCUCACAUAUCGUGAUCUUUCUGCCUUAUAAUGUAAACGUAGACUAGCAGUUGGAAAAUAAAAAUACGUUGAUGUGAGUUAUUGAUAAAUGGCAGACACAGGAAAUUUUGCAGACAACUGCUAUACUUUUCUUGCUUUUAAUUUAAAGUUCUGUACACACAAAUGAAUGAAUAGGGCUAUUAUUAAUUGGUCUUGCUGUUAGCAGAUCUUAACUGUGGCUUCUGAGGGUCUUAUGUAGAGUUUUAAAUUAAAAAAACAGUGCUCAGGUCAGCUGUUGUGAAUGGAAUACCUAUUGCACACAAUCAAAAUUACUUACUUUUUAUGCAGUUUUAGCAAUAAAAACAUGCCACAUGAAUGUUUUUAUGAUACUUUUAAGUAUUGCACUCUAUACCUUUUGAAGAAUGUUGUGGACAUUUCCUCAUUCUGCAAAUAAUAGGAAAAAUCUGAAAUCUAUUACGCUGAGCUGUGUUAAUUGAAAAUAAAUUAUUUUGACCAUUAA